AUGUCCUUAGCACUAGAGACUAAUUGUAAUAUCGAUUAUGAGUGUCUUAAUAUGCUCAUCAAAGUAGCAGGAAACUUGCAUAAAGAAUUUGACAAAUCAAUCAAACAAAAAGAAAUCAAAAAUGACCUAA